AUGAAGUUGGAGGUCGUGAAAGUGCAGUUAUACGAUAAGCUAGAUGUCGGUGCCUCGCUGGAGGUCGUGUUAUUGAUAGAGGUUGCUACCUUGAUUGAGGUCGCUGCCUUAAUAGAGGUCGUGAAAGUGAAGUUAUAUAAUGAGUUAGAUGUCGGUGUCUUAAUAGAGGUCGUGUUAUUAAUGGAGGUUACUACUUUGAUUGAGGUCGCUGCCUUGAUAGAGGUCGUGAAAGUGAAGUUAUACAAUGAGUUAGAUAUCGGUGCCUUAAUAGAGGUCGGUGCCUUGGUGGUGGUCGUGAAAGUGAAGUUGUACGAUGAGUUGGAUGUCGAUGCCUCGCUAGAGGUUGUGUUAUUAAUGAAGGUCGGUGCCUUAAUGGAGGUCAGUGCCUUAAUAGAGGUCGCUGCCUGUUCCGGUCGUGGUGGUGGCUGUGGUGGUGGCCGUGGUUAUGAAGAUGGCGGUAGUGCUAGUGGUAGGGAUCUUGGUCUUAGUCGUGGUCGUGGUCGUGAUUGUGGUUAG